AUGAAUCGCGACGCUGCAGAUCCAGGCGAGACAGACGGGCAGUUAGCAAUCUGGAAACCAGAUAUAGACCCGUUUUGCGAAGUCAGCAAAGGUCCGGAGGCGAAAUGUUGUAUUGGGGAUCUAGAAAAAUACUUUCCCGGGUCCGACAAAAUCUUUGGUGAGGGGGGAAAGAUCGGAAGUAUUGCGUCGGAUGGGUGUACUUGUUUUGUUUUCCCGACUUCGAAUAAUUGUACUGGAGACUGGAGCUUCUUGAUGCAGGGAACAAGUUAUACAGUGCCAGAGCCCGUAGACUAUAUGAGAGAUGCAAACAACUGUAAGUGGGAGAAUUCUGAAGUCUCAUAG